AAAACUGCAGAGAUAUUUUUAUGAAAAUUUACCACCAAUCCUGACAAUGGUAACUGCCUUACAAACUCGUCAAAUAUUCACAUUUAUUGUAACAUGGUUAUCUUAUGCCUCCACAUAUCUACUUCGAAAACCUCUUGGUGUUAUCAAACCAGACUUGGAAAAAACUCAUCAUUUGAAAAAGACUGAAAUGGGAUGGCUUGAUGCUGCCUUACUCUUGCCUUAUGCUGUUAUGCAAAUGUUACUUGGAGGUUUAGGAGAUAAAAUUGGUGCAAGAAAAGCUUUGACCAUUUGCUUAAUAGGUUCAGCAUUUUCAAUGGUAAAUUUUGAUUAUUAUAUACUCGAUUAUAUCACAGAGUAGAGACAUACAGAGAUGUAACUAGUGUACCCACUUUUUUUGUGCGCAUGCUCGGCAAGUUACUAGAUGCAUGCAUCUGAUUGGAUGACGACCUGAUGACGACUCACUUUAAACUUGCUGAGCAUGCGCAGUUGAUCAUUUUCCGGCCGGUCGCCUGAAAAAAGUGGGUACAUGAUAACGUAAUCUUCCACAGUGUUUACAACGGUCAGUUACAUCUCUGUAUGUCUCUACUCUGUGAUUAUAUAGACCCUUGCUUUGUUUAUUGACAUUUUAAGCCUGUUCACAUCACACUAGAAAUUCUGUCGGCGAUUUUUCUCAUCCUGGCAAAUGUGAUCGAAUGAAUGACAUGCAAAAGACUUAGAAUUGUUUACUUCUGAAAAGCGACUCUAUACUUUUGUGUGCGUGUUCAUUCAUUUGCAUCCGUCAGAAACACAAAAUUGCUAGUAUGAACCAGGCUUUAAAUUUUUACUGGCUGGUUAGGUGUCACAUCCAUAUUCGGGUUGCCAUGUUAUGACGUUCCGGGUGGGUCAAAAGUAUUCUGUGAUGUCACAAAUUUCACCAUGACAAAAUGAAUGUUUUGGAAAAAAUCCUGCCAUAAGGCCACUCCAAUUAAAUUAGAUUUUAGUUUCCCAUCCUCUGUCCGCAUCUCCUAGAACUGGCCGCAUGAUUUGUCCAUUAUUGAUAACUUGUUUCCAUUAUUUGACUUUUGUGACUAAGAAUAAUGAAAAUCCACAGUUUUUGAAUAAUCUAUUGUCCAAGAAAUACAUAUAUUUAUAAUAUAAUACAUAAAAAUCAAAACAAAAUUGUUGAAACUUUUAUGAAAGAGUGUGAAUUGUUGUUUUUGUUCAUUUUUACUAUAACAGUAACUGCUGAGAUAGACACUUCCGUUACACGUUUUGAUUUUCGAAUGUAAUAAAAGGAUAAGGUUAAUUAAUAUCCUGGCUUUCAUUUCUGCAUACAAAAAAAAACAGAACAGUCCAUAGAAACGUGACUGAAUGGAUAUUUAAAACGUGUAUUUAUUUCAUGAAAUAAUGGGUCAUGUCAGGCGGUCGCCGGUUUAUUUUGAAAGCCCUGAGACACCAUAAUGGAAAUGGACUGCCCGCCCACAUGUAAUUUGAAAUAAGGACCGGACGGGAAACUAAAGUCUAAUUUGGAAUGGCUUAAGCUAUGCCACACUUGCCUUUUCAAGGUUGCAUGGUUGGGUGGGUUUAGAUAAAAUGUUGAUUUGACAUAUUUUUUUGUGGCAAUAUUAACUUGAAUAUGGACAUAUGGCUCCUUGUGUUCUUCAUUGUGAUUCUGCAAUGCAUAUUAUAAUUAUAAUAUAUAGAACUCUCCUGGAAGCUUUUUAAAGACAUGCUAACAAAAUAUAAACAUUGCAUCUAUACAGUACCAAUUGAAUAUGGUAUUCAGCCUUAUGGAGAUAAACAGCAGGGUUGGGUUGCCAAAUUAUAAAAAAAACUACUAUGUGCAAUGCAAAUUCAAUAUAAUGGAUUUUGAACUUUAGCUUCUUCCAACAGGGGUUCCUGUGUCAUAUCACCAAUAUAAAUGCCUGCACAGGCUAUUUGAAGUAGAGAGGCAAAGCUUGUGUACAUGCAAGUGAACAAUUAAGUCUUCAAGUAAUAUGUGCCUGAAUAUGUUCUACAACAAUUUGGUACAAUUCUCCUUUAAAUAUGGCUGGGAUAAACUAGAAAGUACAGUAGCUAGGAUACUCUUGGAAAUUCCUUGAAAAGUCCUGGAAUUUCAAAGUGAGUCAAGUUACCUCUGGAAAACUAUCCUGAUACCCAUACAUGUGUAUCAUUGUAUGACACUUAGAGGAUUAAACCUUCUGUUUCAAUUGACAUGAUUGAUUACAAUGAACUAACAUCAUAUUGAUCUUUUUCAAUAGUGAUAUUACUUGAUAGUAAUAAUUAUUUAAAUAUAGUGAAAAACUUGUCGGCUUAAUGGCGAAAUUACUUUUGCCAUAUGUUAAAUACCCCUGAGAAUGAGAGGAAAAAGUCCUUGAAGGUCCUAUAUAGAUUUUUCAGCUUAUAAUUAAGUAACACUAGUCAGCAUUGCAUCCAAUGUUCAAUACAUGUAUAACAGUUGUCCAUUGCCCAUUGGCCAUUGUCUGAGUAAAUGCCAAUCUGUUGUUAUGCACAGACAUUUUGCCAAAUAGAAUAAUUUUGCCAUCAUGACAUUAUUUCUUUCUUAUUCUUGCAAAUUUAAACCAAAAUGGACCUCUUUGUCCAGACAGUCUGCUACAUGUAAUAAGAAUAGCCAGCUAAGUUAUUAAAACUAAACAGACAUCUUAUGAAUGUUUUCAGAUCACAUUUGGCUAUUGGAACCAUGUUUUAAUGCUUUCAUUGUUACUAUUCCUAAAUGGGACAUUUCAAGCAACAGCUUGGCCUAACUGCGUAAAAUGCCUCAGUUCAUGGUACUCAGAUGAACAUCGUGCCUCCAUAUUUGGUUUAUGGGGAACAUGUACCUUUGCUGGAGGCAUUAUUGGUACUUCAUUGGCUGUGUAUUUACAAUCGGUUUACUCACCUGAUCUCAAAAUGAUUUUUAUACUACCAUCAUUGGUAGUAUUUUCUAUUGGUGUAUUAGUAUUUCUAACUAUGAAAAUGCCUGGAGAACUAAGCAUUACAAUCCCUGGAAAAGAACCAUUGAUCACAAAUUCCACUGCAAAAAGUGACAAAGUUUUGAGUUUUUCAGAAGUUAUUCGAUUAAAUCUUGUUCCAGAACUAGUCGUGACUGUGAUUUGUGUAAAACUUGUUCGUUAUUGUCUGUACAUGUGGCUUCCAAUGUAUCUCCAUGAAGCUCUGAAAUACGGUAAAGCACAAGCAGGAAUGUUGUCUACAACGUUUGAAAUUGGUGGAGUUUUAGGAUCUGCUUUAAUUGGUGUUUUUAUUAAUCGGUAAGUUGUCAACUUGGUACCAAAUGUGAUGCAAAAUCUCUGAAUAUGUAUAGGUCAUAUGUGUCAUGAAAAAGGUCACAGGUUCAAUUCCCACUGCAGUAAAGCAAUUUCAUUUAAAGAUUAAUUAUACAGGUUACUCAGUUGAGUUAAGUUGUACUUUCAAUAGACCUUUCCCCUUUUCGGAGUGAAAUUUUGAUCUAGACAAGUCUGGACAAAAAUUUCAUCACAGCUUGAAAGAACAUCACCAAAUUAGUAAUAUUCCGAAGUUUCGUUGCGAAAUGUUGUAAAAUGCGGAUAAUAUAGCCUUGCGAAGUUUGCCGUUUUUCAGUCAUUUGUACGUAUUACAAAUGGGAAAUUGAUAAUCAGAUGAUCAAACUGAUUAUCAAUUUCCCGUUUGUAAUGCAAAAUGACUGAAAAACGGCAAACUUCUGCAAGGCUACAUGUAUAUUAUCCGCAUUUUACAACAUUUCGAAACUUCGGAAUAUUACUAAUUUUGUGAUGCUCUUUCAAGCUGUGAUGAAAUUUUUGUCCACGCAUAUCUAGAUCAAAAUUUCACUCAUAAGGGGAAAGGUCUAUUGAUAAUUGCAAAACAAAUUUGAGUUACGAUGAGUUGAUGACCAGUCAACAUCAUCACCUGCCUGAAUUGAUGUGUAUUUCUUUAACAUCACACUCCGCAAUUUUAUCAUGGGUUAUGUCUUGAAAAUAAGAACAUAAGAACAGUUCAAUCAAAAAAUGAAAAUGAAAAAUUAUUAAAUUAUAAUACAUGUGUACAUGCUUUUAGAAUUUUUAAUGGUCGUGUCCUGUAUGGAUGUUGUUUGUCUGUGUUUUUAAGUGCAAUGGCACUAAUUGCGUUCCAAAUAACAAGUACCUGGGGUAUUGCCUUCAACAUAACCUUCAUGUUGAUUGCUGGUAUAUGUAACUGUGGACCUGAUCCUUUAUUAACUGGCUCGGUACCAGCAAAAAUUGGAGAGAAAGUAAAUGCUCAAGCUGCUGUUUCAGGUGUUGUCAAUGGUAAGUUACUUAUCAGACUUAGGUUCUAAAAGUUAUUUUAUGCUGUCGUCAUUAGUUUCGUUAAUAGUUUCAAUAGAUGCAUGCCAGCAUGGGUAUGGCACAUUGGGGUAUGACAUUAAACGUUUUUGCAUAUAACACGAAAAUAACACUUAUUCCAAUUUUGCUCUUAUUGGAAAGAACUUUUAAAAACUUUUUAGAUGUUAGAACAACAUUUUUUGUAGUUUUGCCAAUCCUCUUUCUCGAGAAAAUUUUCGACCCCUUUUUCUACGUCACCAUAAAUCAUUAACGAAUUUUAAACUGGCACUCGCGUCAAAAUUUUUAUUUUCUUAAGGGACCGGUCAUAAAGUAUGUGUACUGGGGGGGGGGGGGAUAAACAAAUUAUCUAACCUUCGGGGGUAUAUGAGACGAAUUACGACAUUUGGGGGGGGGGGUACGAAACAAAAAAUGAGUGGAAUACUAUGUCUAUGAUUAAUAAAACUACAGACUUUUAUAAUACAAUAUACUUUGAAAAAAAUCGAGUGUAUGUUCCUAAAUGUUCCUAGCCGUAAAUUGCAAUGUAGCACAGUAGUAUUUAUGUCCCAGAUUUUCACAAGGGCAUAUAAAUAGUAGUAUUAUAUAAAGUAUAGUGCUUUAUAGAGAUAGCGAGCACUGAUAAAAGUGAGCAUCUCACUUGGGAGACUAUUUAUGAUAAUCCCACAAUCAUGUGAAAAUUAUCGCUUUUCAAUUAUCGCUUUUCUGUAAAAAUUAUCGCUUUUAAAAGACUGUCCUUUAUAUAAUAAACAGAAAAAAUGAAAAAUACAUGGGUGCUUGGAAAUACCAGAUUUAUUUCUUGUGUUGAACAUGACAUCUCACUUGUUGCUGCGCUCACUCGUGAGAUAUCAUGUUCAACACUCUCUAUUUAUUGACUACGCUAAAUAUUUCAAUACAGACAGUGGAUUGCAAUACUUUGCAAAACAGUUAUGUGCUUAGAAUUUUAUGUUUUUGGGGAGAGGGUGAUUGGUUGGGCAGGGGGGGGUACGAAACAUUUCGUCUCCUUUGAGGGAGGGUAUUAAAUAUUUUCCGACGCUUUUGGGGGGGGUGCCAAAUUUUAUGGUAGAAUUUUGGAGUACCCCCCACCCCCCCCCCCCAGUACACAUACUUUAUGACCGGUCCCUAAAGUAAACAAACAAGCGUCUAUAAAGACAACGACGUAAGCGAAUUCCAAUUCAUAGUUCUCGGAGAAAUCGCAUUCAUGAAUGAUGUUAUUCUUUAUAUCGCGAAAUUUCGGUAAAUUUCAAUAAUAAAAUUUGUCAAAAACGUGAAAGAAUAUAAAACGAAACUAUACUUCACUAUCAAAGUUUCUGUCAUCAAAAUCGACAAUAACUUUGAUCACAGAAACUGAGAAACUUGACCGUGUAAGCGAAUCUUUAAAGUUCACUGAGAAGAUAUCUCUAUUUUCGGCAAGUUGUCUGUUCGUGAAACUGUCCGUUCGGCCAGUGGCGGCGCAAGGGGGGGGAAAUGCCCCCCCAAAAUUAUUUUUUGCCCCCCCCCCCCAUUUUGCCCCCCCUCAAAAAAAAUUAUUAGUCACUAAGAGCGACUAAAGGCUACACAAGCGUUCUGUCGUUAUCGGAAAAUGUAUGGCUUAUAAGUUGUCAUUACUCAUUACUGAAUACAUGAAACUGUUUUUUACAGUUUCAAUAUUAGUUUGUAAAUCUCUGAAUGGUAAAACUUGCCAAUACUCCAAUAAUACGUUUCAAAAAAAGACAAAAAAGCUUUAGUUUUGCAGAGUUAAAUUCUCAAACGUGUAAGGCAAAAAUAAGAUGAAAGUAUCACGAAAUUAUUUGAAUAAACCACAUCGCAUAUAUGGGGGGCGAAUGUCCUAAAGAGGGGCGAUAUUCCUAGGGUAUUCGCCCCACCCCCCUAGGAAUAUCGCCACGUUUUGAGGGGGGGGGGCGAAUUUCUUGGGGGGGUGACCUUUUUAAAAAUUCUAUCUUGCCCCCCCCAAAUUUGAGUUUGCCCCUCAAAUGCCCCCCCAAAUUUGGAAGCCUGGCGCCGCCACUGCGUUCGGCAAAAUGUCCGUUCGGCAAAACGUCCAUUCGGCAAAACGUCCGUCGGCAAAAUGUCUUUCGGCAAAAUGUCUUUCGGCAAAAUGUCUUUCGGCAAAAUGUCUUUCGGCAAAAUGUCUUUCGGCAAAAUGUCCGGCCACCUCCAGAAGGACAUGAGCUGAAAGAAAUAUUUAACAGAAAUCAAGGUAAGCUAUGGUUGCACCAUGGAUCAUAAAAUAAAUGGAUAGGAAACUAGCUGACGUGACCUAAUGUUUUCAAUGGGCUGAUGGCGUGGUUGGAUGUCCCAACCUAGUUGAAAACCAAAUUCUCAAAAACGGCAUGUUUAGCAAUAAUACAGCUAAACAUUUUAGUCAAAGAGCAAAUAAAUAUAACCACGCCAUUCUACGAUGAUAACUCUAAGUAUUCCCAGUCAAUUUUAGCAAAUAUUUCAAGCACUAAACAGUGAAAAAUACAUCGCAAAUUUCGUUAAAAUUUGUGACGCCAAUUUCGUAGCUACAAAUGUAAAAAAAUACAAAACAAAGACGAAAAACAUUUACCUUGAAUACUUUGUCGUGGCUUAGGCAUGUUUUUAAAACAACAAAACGCCGACUCGGCGUUAACCUCGGGUCGGUGGAUAGGGGAUCGUCUGGUAAAUAUCCAAAAAUUGUGUAAAUCACGAUAGUUUAAUAGUUCACUAGUAUAAGUGGUGAAUCAGUUAAUCAAAGCUCCGUUUUAAUAUUUUAUUGACAAUAAUUACUGGCCCUCAUCAAACCUAUUGUUUUCUCUCUGCAUUAUAUCAGCGAAUGUCGAGAAGUUUUCAUUUAACGUUCUACUGAAAAACGGGAGCGGCCUUUUUGGUUGUAUAGGGAAAUUCCGGCUCAGGGGUAAAUGUUUAUACGCGUCAUAUUCUAUGUACGCGUUAAAAUAGCACACAACAUUAUUAAAAAUAAUGCAGCGUGCAUCAGUGCACACAGACAUUAUUAGCGAUAAUGCAUCUUCGUCACCCUCACCCUGACAUGUACACGCGAUAACGUGAACAUCCCAAGAUGAGAAGGUGACAGUGCUAAAAGCCCCCCAUACGGUGUCGUCGGGGCAAAUUUCGAAACCGUCGACGGUCGAGCACAUCAUUGAUGGUCGAACACAUCAUUAAUCUCGUUCCCAGAUUGCUUUUGAGGUGAUUAGCGCGUGGAACCAUUUGGUGACACCUUAUACCAAUCGAUGCCAGUAAAGAUUUUACGCAGUAUGAUAGUAUAAGGUUUCAGAUUUUUGAAAAGAUGGCAUGCAAAGCAGCCAAUUCGGUUAUUAUUCAUUCUACAAAAGAGUUCAGAAAUUAGUUAUAAACAGAUUUUUCACAUUAAGUGUGGGCUUAGUUGUGUUUAAAGGCCGAUAAAACUGGCUUAUAUUGUGUAAACGGCUAAACAACUGCUGUAACUUGGUCAAAAAAGCGUUAUAAUAUGUUCCGUGCGUCAGUUUUUUAUAUUCAUCAAGUAACCUACCGUAUUUUUAACGUACGAAGUCACGAGAACGAAGAAACGAAUUUUAAGCCAAAUUAAAUAUAAUGGCACAAUCGGAGACGUGCUCGCCAGUAACACGAUACGCUAAGAUUUGUUACUAAAGGCCCUGUCACACUAUUGCGUAUCGUACUAGCGUAUGCCAGCGCAUGAAAAAUAUCCCUUAUACGCCGGUAUAUACGCUUCUCACACGUUUCUCUCAUACGCAAUAGUGUGACAGGGCCUUAAAGAAAGCUUGAUAUGUUUUCUAUUGCUCAAUAUACAUAUGAGUGCACGUGGUUCAAGUAAAAAUGGAACCGCACAGCUAAUACUAUAACUAAUUAACAUUUCACUUUUACUUGAACCACUCGACAUAUAUCAUAUUUCAAUUUUAGCAUUAGCCGUGGACUUAUCAAAAGUGCAAGGUUUAUAGAUAUAUUAUUAUUAUAGAUAGACAUUAUGUUAAAGCUAACUGUAAAUAGCAUGUAUAAUAUUGUUGCUAAUGUUGGUAUUUUCCACGUCACUCUGUUGUAUCUAGUUUUGAGAUGGUUCUCUAUAUUUCACUUCACAAGAGUUUUAAUUAGUGAAGACACUUAGAUACUUCAAAGUUAAGAUAAUCAAGUAAAUUUUAGAAGAUAGUUACUGCAACACUUGUGCGAAGAGCGCAGUAACCAGUAAACCGAUUUGGCUGCUUUGCUUUUCGACUGCUACCCGCUAUCUUUUCAAAAAAUCUGAAACUUUAUACUGCGUGAAAUCUCCAGUCACUGACAUCGUCUUGGUACAAGAUGUCACCGAAUGGUUUGUACGCGCUAAUUACCGCUGGCGCGAUUUGGGAACGAGAUUAAUGAUGUGUUCGACCAUCAAUGAUGUGCUCGACCGUCGACGGUUUCGAAAUUUGCGUCGUCGGGUGCCUGAAGCACUGUUGGAAACGGUCGCUGUGAGUCUUUUCAGUUCAAUUUUAUAGAGAAAUAGUUUCGUUUGCGCUUGUGGGAUUUUAUCCUAGAUAUACGCAUGUGCAGAAUACACCAUAACUUCUAUUCCCGUGUUUAUCCAAUACGCUAUUUGAGUAAACCUUAUAAUUAAUGAUAAUAUGUAAACUAGAACACUAUAAUUGACCUCCGCUUGUGGAGAUUUUAAUUUAGGGCAAUUAAUUAAACUGAAAUCUGUUCUAUCACAAUGCACUACAGUGCCUAUGGUUAUGUCUAUAUGCAUGUCCUCACAAAUGUCUAGUGUAACGUUGGAUAUAGGUUCAUUGUCAUACGGUCCCGACAAGCAGCAACGUACAGUAGUCUUCCAGCCGAAAAUAAUUACUUUUGAUUCGGGUCAGUUAGUAAUUAUAAUAGAUAACAAGUGAAAGUUGGCCGCGGUAUUCCCAUGCUAUGCAUACGAUGUAUUGCACAUUAUAUAAACAUAUACUCGAGAAUAGUUGUCCAGCUAAACAUGUAUGUCAAAAUUAUCACAUCUUCUGGUUUUAAAUCAACAAUUCUGACGGAUUUUGUGCAAGGACAGCUUCGGGUUCCGUUUCGCUUUGGCCGAUGCUUGCCGGAAGUACACUUAUUUACCGGAGUUGUCGUCUCCUCCGCAGGCCCUUCGAUCUUCGACUACGCGCGCGGCUCGACACAAAUGGAAAAAAAAACAAAAAAAAAAAAAAAAAAAAAAAAACAAGAAAAAAAAAAUAGGAGCCGAAUUUAAGACCUCGGUGUCGUACCGACCCGAGGUAAUUAGACCAGUUUAUGCUUCAAUAUCACCCUUUUAAAGUGGAAAAUAUAGCAAAACAACAAAAAUGCCGAGAACUUUGGUAACAUUCGCAAUACACGUGACGUCACGUUUUUCAACAAGGAUGAGGUCAAUGACGUCAGAAGUUUCCUAUACAGUUAUUUUACAAUCCAUGGUUGCACGUCAAACAUUAAGCACUUGAAGGAUCUCUAAGAAGGAUAAGAUAGAAGGAGUUAUGAUGUUGCCAGGGAAAAGUGAAGGAACGAAAAGUCUUUAGAAAAUAUUACCACUGUAUAUAUAUGCAAUAAGAGAAUUAUAAUUUUUAAAAUAAAAAUUUCUUAAAAUUGGGCUAAAAUGACACGCUAAUCAAAGCAACGCAAUAUUUGAAGUGUUACCAGAUGUUUCCUACACGCAACGGACAGUUUUGGAAAGAAGAACAGGGAACAACGAUGAAUUCGACAAACUCAACAUCUUGCCCAAGAGAAGAUGACGAUGUUGAGCGUGUUAUCUUAGUGGUAUUUAGUUUCAUCUUCUUAUUUGUUGGUGUGUUGGGAAACAUUGCAGUUAUUAUUUAUAACAUUUUUCUGAACCACGACAAGACUCCAAGCAGCUGGUUGGUUACACACCUUGCUUUCGCUGAUCUUCUCGUCUGUUUAAUACUUUAUCCAAAAAGAAUUCUUAUGUUCUUACAUGCAGAAGUGAGAGAUGAAGGGUUAGUGUUUUGCAAGAUAAACCGUACCACAAUUUAUGUUUCCUUAUUCCUUUCCAUAAUGAUUCUACUAUCCAUCACAAUUGAUAAAUAUCUGUAUAUAGCGAAGCCACUGAAGUAUCAACUGAUCGUGAGAACACCAAGAACUAGGAUACUUCUCAGUUGUAUCUGGUUAGCUGCAUUGGUUCAGCUCCCACUCAUAUAUAUUUACAUGUACACCAGCCAAAAAUCAUGUGAGCGAGAAAAAUGUCGUUUUCCACGAUCCGUUGUAUGGUUGCAGGUCAUCCUACAGUUAGCCGCCAUUUGUGUCAUGACAAUCCUGAAUUACAAAAUGUUCAAGAUUGUCAAACAGCAAAGGCAAAGGCCUCAACAGUCGGAACAAGUACAGUCUGAGCAAAACAUGACUUGGUUACGUCAUCUGGCAAAGGAAUUGAAAGCUAUGAAGACAUUCGCCAUUAUCGUUGGAGUCUUAACAUGUUGUUUUGUUCCAUAUAUUGUCAUGAAUAUGCUUCUUGGUCCACACAAUCGUGUACGGUUCUCAAUACCUAUUCGGAUCGUAAUUCGCCAGGCGGUUGGUAUAAACUCGAUUGUAAAUGCCUUCAUCUAUGCAUUGAGACAUAAAAAAUACAUAAGAGCGUAUAGGAAACUCUUUUCGUCUGCCUGGGCACGGCUCUUCCCACAAAAUAACUGACUUAUUGAUGAUUAUAUAGAUAUAUAACUAUCUUAAAAACUAAUCAUGCAUGUAAUAACGGAAAACCAACUACCAAAAUAACUAAGUAUAACUACAGUAUAUUAGUAACAAAACAUUGUAAACAUUUUGCAAAUAAUUUCUUGUUGAGGUUAUUUCUUGAGCAUGGUUGUUGAAUACCUGUAUCUCUCAGUUCAUUACACUGAGGAAGAACCAAGCAAACAAACAAUCAUGCCAUUAAACAUGCCAAUUUAAUCAAGGAAAUACUGUAAAAUGCAAAGAAAUUGAUUCUCAAAAACAGUAAUGAAGCGAGAAAUUAUUAAAUAUACCAGAGUUUGACGAUGAAAGUGAAAAAGAACAACAUAAACAAGAUCAAUAUCUAUUAAAAGAAAAUACAAGGCGAGAAAACAGUGAAGAAAGAUUUAAAGAAAAUACAAGGCGAGAAAACAGUGAAGAAAGAUUAAAAGAAAAUACAAGGCGAGAAAACAGCGAAGAAAGAUUCCCAUGA